UGCAAAAUGUCCGCUUCCGGCCCCCGGCUUUUCAGCAGCCGCUCCUACACGAGCGGGUCUGGCUCCCGCAUCAGCUCCUCCGCCUUCUUCCGGGUGGGUGGCAGCAGCAUGAGUGUGGUCGGGGGCUACGGCGGCAGGGCCAGGGGUGUGGGGGUCAUCACGGUUGUCUCAGUGAACCAGAGCCUGCUGAGCCCCCUUAAGCUGGAGAUGGACCCCAACAUCCAAGCUGUGUGCACCCAAGAGAAGGAGCAGAUCAAGACCCUCAACAACAAAUUUGCCUCCUUCAUAGACAAGGUGAGGCACCUGGAGCAGCAGAACAAAAUUCUGGAGACCAAGUGGAGCCUCCUACAGCGGCAAAAAACCGCUCAGAGCAAUAUAGACGACAUGUUCGAGAGCUACAUCAGCAACCUCUGGGGGCAGGUGGACACCCUGGGCCAGGAGAAGCUGAAGCUGGAGGUGGAGCUUGGCAACAUGCAGGGGCUGGUGGAGGUCUUCAAGGAUAAAUAUGAGGAGGAGAUCAAAGAGUCUGCAGACAUGGAGAGUGAAUUUGUCCUCAUCAAGAAGGAUGUGGAUGAAGCUUCCAUGAACAAGGUAGAGCUGGAGUCCCGCCUGGAAGGGCUGACCGACGAGAUCAGCUUCUUAAGGCAGCUGUAUGAAGAGGAGAUCGGUGAGCUGCAGUCCCAGAUCUCGGACACGUCCGUGGUGCUGUCCAUGGACAACAGCCGCUUCCUGGACCUGGACAGCAUCAUCGCCGAGGUCAAGGCCCAGUACGAGGACAUCGCCAACCGCAGCCGGGCUGAGGCCGAGACCAUGUAUCAGAUCAAGUACGAGGAGCUACAGACACUGGCUGGGAAGCACGAAGAUGACCGGCGCAUGAAGAUGGAGAUUUCUGAGAUGAACCGGAGCAUCAGCCGACUCCAGGCUGAGAUCGAGACCCUCAAAAACCAGAGGGCUGCCCUGGAGGCAGCGAUUGUUGAUGUUGAGCAGCAUGGGGAGCUGGCCAUUAAGGAUGCCAAUGCCAAGGUGGCCGAGCUGGAGGCCGCCCUGCAGCGAGCCAAGCAGGACAUGGCCCGGCAGCUGCGAGAGUACCAGGAGCUCAUGAACGUCAAGCUGGCCCUGGACAUCGAGAUCGCCACCUACCGCAAGCUGCUGGAGGGCGAGGAGAGCCGGCUGGAGUCUGAGACGCAGAACCUGAGUAUCUAUACUAAGACCGCCAGUGGCGACUCAGGUGGCCUGAGCUCGGCCUAUGGGGGCCUCACAAGCCCUGGCCUCAACUAUGGCCUGAGCUCCUUCCAGUCUAGUUUCAGCCCUGCUGGUUCCUUCAUCGGUGGUGGUUCCUCCAAGGCUGUGGCCGUGAGGAAGAUAGAGACCCAUGAUGGGAAGCUGGAGUCCGAGUCUUCUGAUGUCCUGUCCAAGUGA